GACCCUUCCUGCGUUAAUAUACAACCGAGCAGGGAGGAUUAGUGCCGCCACUUCGUCCUGUUACUGACGAGGCAGAGCUGCUCACUGAGACGUGCAUCUAACUAAUGAUGAGACUUUUUGAGCGCAUUCAUUUAUUUGAGAUGUGAAUGCACUGUUUUCAUCAGAGGACAUCUCCAACCUGCAGCGAAGAAGCAACAAGUGACUUUAACUAUCAUGGGUCUGAAGAAGCAGCUGUUGUCCUUCACCUGCAUGUUCUUACCUUCUGUGGGUUUUGUGUUAACAUGCAUUGGAGCCUACCUGUUGUCCCAGCAAACUGGAUAUGGUUUUGAUGAGAAGAUGGUCCCUGCUUACAUAAUGAUUGUCUUAGGCUUCCUGGCCAUGCUCAUGGGGGUGUUCUGGAGCCUCUGCCACACCAUGAGCAGCAAGAUGUACCUCAGGAGAAGAGACGAAAGGCACAUCCAAAUAUUUACAGUUGAAAGGCCGAGCUUCUUUCCUCCCUCAUAUCAAGAGUCCCAGAGUCCCAGCCAAGUCACUUCGGACGGCAUGCAUGAGGAAGCUGUACCAGUUGAUGGAGUUCAUAUGGUUUUGGGUCUUGCACCUCCGCUGUACACACAAAACAGUUCAGAGAGCCCGGACUGCAGGUGGAGCUGGGAGCAACCACCUCAAUACAGUCAGGUGGUGCAUACUGAACACAGACAAAUGGAUGCAUUUGAGUGAAAAAAUUUCUCAUUCCUACACUAAAGGAGAAACUGUUUUUAAUUAACUGAGAAGAAGAGAGUCAGGACUGCUUACCAGGAGGAGGCCCAUAAAAACACUAUGAAUAUAACUUGUUUUGUGACUUUGCUCAACUGCAAAAUGACAUCAGCUGCUGUGUUGUCACCCAGUCUGCACCGUCUAAGUGGCCCCAAUGUUCUGGAAUUUACAGGGUAAAAACCUGAUGCCUUGAAAUUAAAUCUGUGUUGAUGUUACUUGAAUGAUUUUGCUUCAAGACUCCAUUUUAGCUGCUAAACCUUUUGGUUGUGAAACUAAAACCACUAUUCUACACAGACCAUCAAUAAUGGAAAUGGCCAAGAAUUGCAAAAUGAUGUGAUUCUUGGAAUUUUGAAAAUAUUCUGGUCCAAUUUGUGACGCCCUAAGAUUCAGUUGCAAAACAAGUAAAGAUAAAUAAAGAUAAAUAGUGAGAUUUGCACAAAUAUUAUCAAGAAUUCAUUACAGGUUACAAGAAUAUAUUAAAAAUACUGCAUGAACUUUAGUUAUCAGUUAGCAACAAUAUGCCGAAUGUAUCUAACAAUCAGGUACGAUUAAAUUAGAAUUUGCUACUACUCUUAAAAAUUUGUGGUAUUUUCCCAUCAAGAUAUGAUAAAAGCAACAGGGGACUAGCAGGAGUGAUUGUUAGAGGAAUGAUGACUGUUGAUAUUUAAAAGAUAAAAUGUUUUAGGUGAUUGUUUUUGCCAAUAAAAUGUAAAAACCUAAGUGCUUGUUUUGGGAAAUAAAAUGUUAUAAGAAACAAAAUUUUAAAAAAUUAGAUUUUACUUUGUUUUAUUUUUCUUAUUUAUUUUAAAUUUGUUAUUAUUUUCUUUUAUUAUUGUCUUGUUUUUACUUUGUUUAUGAAUUCUUGUCCUUAAUUCUUGUUUUUAUUUUUUUCCAAAGGUAGAAGAGAAAUUUGUACAGUUUCGGGGGAUACAUUGGCCAUGAUUGGUCAAGACAAUGCUUCACACAUCCCUGAUUGAGUUAAGAACACAUGCCUAGAAAUGCUUAAACCUCUUCUUUUAUACUUUAGCCGUUAAGGUUUGAACCACCCUCUUCUCUGCCUACUAUUCUGAUCUUAUAGCUGUGUAAUUUUACAAACUUCUGACAUGAAAAUACAUAUCAAAUAAAGUUGACCUGUAUUUAGAAAAUAAAAUCAACUCCAGCUCAGUCAGGUAUAUUAUCUAACACCCUGGCUGCUUGUCAAUAACAGGAAUAAAACAGUUUUUCUGUUUAA